CAGCCUUACCUCCAAAAAAAACCAUUUGGGUCUCUCUCCCUUUGAGAGCCCCCUACCGACACUUGUUUGCCCUUAAUUUCUAUAUAUCCCCCACGUACUUUACGACCCAUUUCUCACACCCCUCUUCUCCUCCUCCUCUUCUUCUCCACCACCUCCAUUGCUGCUCGCCUCUCUCACCUCCUCCUCCUCCUCUUGUGUGGAGCUCGUCGGCGUCGAGGUGUAGCUAGCUAGCUAAGCUUGUUUUGCCAUUGUUGUGUUCUUGGUGUUCGGAGAGGGAGCUUGCCUUUGCCUUGAGGGGAGAGGCAAAGGCAUUAGCAAUGGCGCCAGCGGUGGCCGGCGGCGGAGGGAGGAGGAACAAUGAGGGGGUGAACGGGAACGCGGCGGCGCCGGCGUGCGUGUGCGGGUUCCCGGUGUGCGCGUGCGCGGGGGCGGCGGCGGUGGCGUCGGCGGCGUCGUCGGCGGACAUGGACAUCGUGGCGGCGGGGCAGAUCGGCGCCGUCAACGACGAGAGCUGGGUCGCCGUCGACCUCAGCGACAGCGACGACGCCCCCGCCGCCGGCGACGUCCAGGGCGCCCUCGACGACCGCCCCGUCUUCCGUACCGAGAAGAUCAAGGGCGUCCUCCUCCACCCCUACCGGGUGCUGAUCUUUGUGAGGCUGAUCGCGUUCACACUGUUCGUGAUAUGGCGUAUCGAGCACAAGAACCCGGACGCGAUGUGGCUGUGGGUGACGUCGAUCGCCGGCGAGUUCUGGUUCGGGUUCUCGUGGCUGCUCGACCAGCUCCCCAAGCUGAACCCGAUCAACCGCGUCCCCGACCUCGCCGUCCUCCGCCGCCGCUUCGACCACGCCGACGGGACCUCCUCCCUCCCGGGGCUGGACAUCUUCGUCACCACCGCCGACCCGAUCAAGGAGCCCAUCCUGUCGACGGCGAACUCCAUCCUCUCCAUCCUCGCCGCCGACUACCCCGUCGACCGCAACACCUGCUACCUCUCCGACGACUCUGGGAUGCUCCUCACCUACGAGGCCAUGGCGGAGGCGGCCAAGUUCGCGACGCUGUGGGUGCCCUUCUGCCGGAAGCACGCCAUCGAGCCGCGCGGGCCUGAGAGCUACUUCGAGCUCAAGUCCCACCCCUACAUGGGGAGGGCGCAGGAGGAGUUCGUCAACGACCGCCGCCGCGUCCGCAAGGAGUACGACGACUUCAAGGCCAGGAUCAACGGCCUCGAGCACGACAUCAAGCAGAGGUCCGACUCCUACAACGCCGCCGCCGGCGUCAAGGACGGCGAGCCCCGCGCCACCUGGAUGGCCGACGGGUCGCAGUGGGAGGGCACCUGGAUCGAGCAGUCGGAGAACCACCGCAAGGGCGACCACGCCGGCAUCGUCCUGGUGUUGCUGAACCACCCGAGCCACGCACGGCAGCUGGGGCCGCCGGCGAGCGCCGACAACCCGCUGGACUUCAGCGGCGUGGACGUGCGGCUGCCGAUGCUGGUGUACGUCGCACGUGAGAAGCGCCCCGGGUGCAACCACCAGAAGAAGGCCGGCGCCAUGAACGCGCUGACCCGCGCCUCCGCCGUGCUCUCCAACUCCCCCUUCAUCCUCAACCUCGACUGCGACCACUACAUCAACAACUCCCAGGCGCUCCGCGCCGGCAUCUGCUUCAUGCUCGGCCGCGACAGCGACACCGUCGCGUUCGUCCAGUUCCCGCAGCGCUUCGAGGGCGUCGACCCCACCGACCUCUAUGCUAACCACAACCGUAUCUUCUUCGACGGCACGCUCCGUGCCCUCGACGGGCUGCAGGGGCCUAUCUACGUCGGCACCGGGUGUCUCUUCCGCCGCAUCACGCUGUACGGGUUCGAGCCGCCGAGGAUCAACGUCGGCGGACCGUGCUUCCCGAGGCUCGGUGGGAUGUUCGCCAAGAACAGGUACCAGAAGCCUGGGUUCGAGAUGACCAAGCCUGGUGCCAAGCCGGUGGCGCCGCCGCCGGCGGCGACGGUGGCGAAGGGGAAGCACGGGUUCCUGCCGAUGCCCAAGAAGGCGUACGGCAAGUCGGACGCGUUCGCCGACACCAUCCCGCGCGCGUCGCACCCGUCGCCGUACGCGGCGGAGGCGGCGGUGGCGGCCGACGAGGCGGCGAUCGCGGAGGCCGUGAUGGUGACGGCGGCGGCGUACGAGAAGAAGACCGGGUGGGGGAGCGACAUCGGGUGGGUGUACGGCACGGUGACGGAGGACGUGGUGACCGGCUACCGGAUGCACAUCAAGGGGUGGAGGUCGCGCUACUGCUCCAUCUACCCGCACGCGUUCAUCGGGACGGCGCCGAUCAACCUGACGGAGAGGCUGUUCCAGGUGCUCCGGUGGUCGACGGGUUCGCUGGAGAUCUUCUUCUCGAGGAACAACCCGCUGUUCGGGAGCACGUUCCUGCACCCGCUGCAGCGCGUGGCGUACAUCAACAUCACCACCUACCCGUUCACGGCGCUGUUCCUCAUCUUCUACACCACCGUGCCGGCGCUGUCGUUCGUGACGGGGCACUUCAUCGUGCAGAGGCCGACCACCAUGUUCUACGUCUACCUCGCCAUCGUGCUCGGGACGCUGCUCAUCCUCGCCGUGCUGGAGGUGAAGUGGGCGGGGGUCACCGUGUUCGAGUGGUUCAGGAACGGGCAGUUCUGGAUGACGGCCAGCUGCUCCGCCUACCUCGCCGCCGUGCUGCAGGUGGUCACCAAGGUGGUGUUCCGGCGGGACAUCUCGUUCAAGCUCACCUCCAAGCUCCCCGCCGGCGACGAGAAGAAGGACCCCUACGCCGACCUGUACGUGGUGCGGUGGACGUGGCUCAUGAUCACCCCCAUCAUCAUCAUCCUCGUCAACAUCAUCGGCUCCGCCGUCGCCUUCGCCAAGGUGCUCGACGGCGAGUGGACGCACUGGCUCAAGGUCGCCGGCGGCGUGUUCUUCAACUUCUGGGUCCUCUUCCACCUCUACCCCUUCGCCAAGGGCAUCCUCGGGAAGCACGGCAAGACGCCGGUGGUGGUGCUCGUCUGGUGGGCCUUCACCUUCGUCAUCACCGCCGUGCUCUACAUCAACAUCCCCCACAUCCAUGGCCCCGGCCGCCACGGCGCCGCCUCACCAUCCCACGGCCACCACAGCGCCCAUGGCACCAAGAAGUACGACUUCACCUACGCCUGGCCAUGAGGACGCCGUCGCCGGAGACGAAGAAGAAAACACAAACAAGAACAAGACGACACCAACAACACCAACAACAACAAACACGAGAUGAGUACGUUCUACUACACGCUGCUGCAACAACACAUACUACUGAACACUGUGCAUGCAUUUGAUCGAGCGACCCGCCAAAAUUUGAAAGUUUUUUUUCUUCUUUUCUUUUAACCUUUUUUUUUCCUCUUUUUGCCCCCUCCUCUCUCUCCUUUUCUUUCUUUUUAGUUUUGUCCAGAAAAAAGAUGGUGUUUAUUUGAUUUAGUUUUUUAAUUACCUGUGGUAAUUAAUUAUGUAUUAUACAUUACUGCAAGGAAGAGAGGGGGGCUUACAGGUGGGGCCCGGGGGGUGGGGUGUGGUGUAUGAUUGUACUGUACAUGCUGGGAGAUGUAUGUAUACGGAGACAAAAAGACAAGAGUCACAGAGAGUGAGAGAAAGAGAGGCUGGAAGUGGGCCCGGCCAGGUGGUGGUGGUAUUCUUUUAGUACAUGGAAACAAUAAAUUUAAUUUCAUUAUUCGUGCAAUUGUGUCCUUUUUUUUGUCCACUAUAUAUACUAUCACUGUUCUUUUGUCC